CAUUAUGUAAACUUAAACAAAAUAUAACUUGAUGAACAAAAAUAUUUAAAAUGUUGCUUUGAUGAGAAAACAAGAUAAAAAAAAGAAAAGAAAGGCAGAACAGGGCCACUUGACAACAUUCAAAAGUUCAGUUUACACGAUGGCUUAUGAUAUCUACAUAGUUUAUCGGCAAUAUUAAUAUCACCCAUUAAAACCCAUUUAAUCAUUUCACAAAAUAAAUCAUCACAAAAGUACUCAAACUAAAUACAUCUGUCACAAAUAGGGAAAUAAAUAGUAAUAAACCCUUUUCUACUGUGCAUAGUACAGGGUGUAGGUUGAACCAUGUAAACAUGAGUAUUUUUAAUAAUGCCAAGCAAGAAAUGUGUUUUUCUACAAGUCACGGUGCUUGUUCUCAGAGACUAUCUUCCAUAUUCAAGCAAAUGGGUUUUAAAUUGAGUUCCAGUCAGGGAAUACAGUAGAUUGUCAGCCCUUGCCAAGUUUAAAGAGUGUUUACAUAUGUUUAAGAUUUGCUCCAAGUGAAUCAACACACUAAGACCAAAUAUUUGCUCAAUGGAAACCUUUGAAAUUGCGACUAGUAUACUUUCUACUCAGUUAUGAUUGCUGCCUAAUUCGUUCGGUUGAAAUCCAACCCCUAUGAGUACUACACCGAGUAUUACAAGUAUGUUCUUUUCAUGCAUCUGGCCUCGUUGGAUUUCAUGUAAACACGCUUGGCUUGAGUCGCGUAUGAUAGCAUCAACACAUUCACGUGGUACACGACAAGAUCGGGUUUGUGGAAAAAUGAGUAGCAAGCCGCUCACUGUUGUGGGUCAAAGUUCACUCACAUACCAUCACACAACAAGUGGAGAGCCAUUUUGGCUGCCAUCGCCCACUAAACACUCGUCGUCGGUGCCACAAUAAGUCACAGAAGGCCUUAUCGGCGAGUAAGUGAAGUAGACUCACAGAAUGAAGAGAAACACGAACUUUAAACCGAAGCUUGUUUCUCACCAGAACAGGUGUCCACACAUACUGAUGACAGCGUCUCUGGCAGUCUCCAGACAAAUGUUGCACUCGAAGGUGGCUCGGUCUCGCUCCCUUUCGCCGUCGGCACCGCUGCCGCCAGCUCCGUCUCGGUCAUUGCUGCUUUCACCAGGCUCGUAUCCUCCUCUGCCAGCAGACCUGCCGUCGCUCGAAGAGCGGGGAUCCGCGGCCGCCAUGGCGUUUCCACUGGACUUGAGAGUGAACCUGACAGUCCUGCACCAGGUUUGGCCCGACCAGGCUAAUGUUAGCGCUGAAGGCGCUGUCAUUCAACUGCGCAUGCACGACUGGGAGAAAACCGGAAGUCAGCUUCCGAGACAGAGGGCGUGUUCAGCUUUUAUGUACAAUAAUGUAUCAAGUUAUUUCGGAAUCAAAAUAAAGAGCUAAAAUAAAUAGGGUUAUUUUUCAGAUUUCUAAACUGUCUUUUGUGUCUAAAUGACGUCAGAUCUUUACAGUCUAAAUAAUACGGUAAAUUGUUUUUUACAAAAAUAUCUAAUGAAAGUUGUGCUUGCCACAUUGUAUUUGAAAAAAAAAUAUGUCCUGUAUCAAUACACUUAAUUAGACGUUGUUUAUCCCCAAAAAGCUCACAAAUAGAUUUUUUUUAAGUCUUGUUAUUGUUGCCCCGGAACCUUGUUUGAAUUGUGUUUCUGUACGGCGACUGAGGCUAAUGGACUCUCGCGUGUGUAACGUGCAUGCGAAACCUCCUUUCUCUUUUUAUUCUACAGGCUUGGUGUUGCGUAGUUGUUACAUUUCACAAUGAAGAUAAAGCGGCAGAAACAAGCGAAAAAAAGUUUGUUGUUCUAUAAAUACAACUUUCUCUUCAGAGAACCUUACCAGGUCCUCAUCGAUGGAACCUUCUGUCAGGCUGCGUUGAAAAACAAGAUCCAGAUUAAAGAGCAGCUUCCCAAAUACCUCAUGGCAGAGGUUAAGCUGUGCACCACCAACUGCGCACUGAAGGAACUGGAGGCUCUCGGGAAAGACUUGUACGGAGCUAAAAUCAUUUUGCAGAGGUUCCAGGUGAGGCAGUGUCCACACUUUAAGAGUCCGGUGUCGGCCUCCCAAUGUCUACUGGCGAUGCUGGAGGGGAACAACCCACAUCACUACUUUGUAGCCACACAGGACCAAACAGUAACUGAAGGCCUUAGGAAGAUCCCAGGAGUCCCUCUACUCUACAUCGUGCUCAACACUAUAGUGCUGGACAAACCCAACCAGUCGACUCUGGAUUAUGUUCAGGCAGUCCAGUUGGGCGAGCUUGUGAGCCCUGCUCAGCAGCAGAGCAUACGCAGCCUGAAGGAGGAGCAGGGCAUUACACAGAAGGAUGGAGAGAGGCGUGGGAAGAAAAGGAAGAAGAAGCAGAGCAACCCCAACCCACUGAGCUGCCUGAAAAAGAAGAAGAAGGGAGUUCCAACACCACCGCUGAAAAAAACUGAGGAUGGGGCAAAGAGGAAACGGAUCAGACACAAAAAACCCAAGAUAGAUGGAGGAGAAACUGUUGCAGUGACCUCAUGAUGUUGCUGGUCAGCGGAGGCUUUUUGUUUAGGAAAAAAAAAACAAGUGACCAUGAUAAUCAUAAAGGCGAAAACUGCAUCAGAAAGUCUGGAGGCUGUGUUACUGUAAAUGAACUGUUUGUAAACAACUGCAGUUUGCCUCACUUACUUAGAAAAUUGAUGUUUUUUUUUCAAAUUUGAUUAACUGCGACACUUUUUAAAAAUAUAUAAGUGUGAGAAAUCUAUCACAAGCUUGUGUCACAUAAAUGUGCUUAUCACUGUUCCAUCUUUAGUUUAUUUUAAUAUAUGGACAAUGGAAAAUAUUGAACAAUACCAACAUCACUGUGUAGUCACAAAGACCUGUCAGUGUUGCUGGGGAGAAUAAACAGGGAAAGCACUGUCAUUGUAAACGCUUAUCCUGUAGCUCAAACUUGACUCACAGUAUAGUACAUUUGUUGCAUGGCUUUCAGGAACCAAAACAAACUCAAUUUUAGUAUCAUUUUAUUUGUUGAAGUCUCACAGUUGACAGACAUUUUACUAAAUAUAACAGUACAUCUGGUUCACUUUUAAAAUGAUGCUCUAAGUCAGUGUUUCUCAACUGGUGGGUUGCAGAGGUGUUUCAGACCAUAGCUAACAUUAAAGUGAGUCCUCUUAAUUCAGUCAGAUGGUUACUUACAGGCACAAUUUCUCAACACAAAGAGCUACAACUACUGUGACACUCAAAGGAUAUAGAACCACUGCUUCAUGGUAAAUGGAGCCCCCAAUACAUUGUGUUUUCAAAGGCUGUUUACUUUCCUCCAAAUGAAGAGGUCUUCAGAUUUUAGCUGCUGAUAAAGUUUAGGUGAAUUGUUGGACAUGUCAUUCUACUGUGUGUAAUAUUUCUGAUUCAGACAGCUCAUUAAAAAAAGAU